AUCAAACUCAUAGAUCGCCUUUGGUCGAAUCGAAGUCAACAAUGAAGUUCGCUGUGCUAGCCAUUCUGGUCGUGAUUCUGGGCCUGUCCCAGGCCACCGACUACUGUUCCUGGGACAUCUGCAGCGGUGGCUCCCACAUCGCCUGUGGCCAUAGUAACUGGUGGGACAGCAACUGCCCUGACAAUGCCGAACUGAUCGACAUCAACGAUGACUACAAGUGGGUCUUUGUUCAUUCCCACAACGACAAGAGGAACUACAUUGCCGGUGGUUAUGAUCCAAACCAUAAUGCUGCCUGCCGCAUGGCCACCAUGGAAUGGGAUGAUGAGCUGGCCUAUCUGGCCUCUUUGAAUGUCCGCCAGUGCAACAUGGUGCACGAUAGCUGCCACAACACCGAUGCCUUCAAGUACUCCGGCCAGAAUCUGGCCUGGCAGGCUUACUCUGGCGAUCUGCCCGAUAUGGGCUACAUUCUGGACAACAGCGUCCAGAUGUGGUUCGAUGAGGUUUCCAACUCCAACUCUGGAAUUAUUGCUGGUGGAUACCCAUCGGGAUACAGCGGACCUGCCAUUGGUCACUUCACCGUAAUGAUGUCCGAGAGGAACACCCGUGUGGGAUGUGCCGCUGCCCGUUACAAUCGCGAUGGCUGGAACCAAGUGCUGGUGGCCUGCAACUAUGCCACCACCAACAUGAUCGGUCGCCAGAUCUACUCCAGCUGUGACUACGGAGCACAGGGAUGCGGAUCCGGUACCAACGGCGAGUUUGGCAACCUCUGCUCCGCCUCCGAGUGGUACGAUGUCAACAGCUGGUAAAUCUAACCAGGCAUCAACGUGUUUAAUUAAAGAUAAUUUCGAAAAAAAAAUAUAUAUACAAACAGAUAAUGUUUUUAAUCAGA